CAAAAGAAUGGAGGUGGCGCUGAACUGGAGAAGUUGCAGGCGGAGCACGCUCGCUGCUCACAGCAGAUUCAGCAGAAGCAGCAGCAGCUUGAAACACUGAUGAAACAGCUUGAACAACAGGCCGAGGAAAUUCUCACCACAAAAAUUGAGGCACUGACAGCUUCACUGUGCGAGAAGGACGCCAAUCUGGCGCUGAUUCAAACGACCGGACCUCAAAACACCGCCUCCAACCAGGCUGUCCAAAAGCUUACCAACGAAAAGGAGACCAUUCAAACACAGCUGCGGCAACUUACCUUCGCACGUGAUGCCCUCGCGGAACAACGAAAAGCACAAUAG